ACUGCUGGGCACUGACUGGCAACACUGCUGGGCUGCACUGAUGGGUGGCACUGAUGGGCAGAGGUAGGUGGCACUGAUGGGCACAGGUGGGUGGCACUGAUGGGCAGAGUUGGGUGACACAGGUGGGUGGCACUGAUGGGCACAGGUGGGUGACACAGGUGGGUGGCACUGAUGGGCACAGGUAGGUGGCACUGCUGGCACUGGUGGGUGGCACCGCUGGGCACUGGUAGGCGGCACUGCUGGGCAAAGGUGGGUGGAACUGCCGAGAACAGGCAAUUGCAUUUCCCUGUGAUCAGCGUGUCAUUGGACACAGCU